AUGCCUCCCGCAGCAAAGACAGCAGCCAGUUGCUGGAUCUGUCGAAUCCGGCACAAGAAAUGCGAUGAAUUACUACCAAGGUGUCAAAACUGCGAAGCCCUGGAGCUAUCAUGCCUCUACAGCGACGACAAGCCGGCAUGGAUGGACAAUGGGGACAAGCAGCGCGAGAUGGCCCAACGCCUCAAAGCUCAGGUCAAACGCAAUGCAAAGGAACGCCGAGGCAGGCGGAUGAUCCAGAAGAUCACGAGAGAGAUUGAGGGGCACAGUCCGUCAAGUCCGAGCAAUCCGCGUUCCUUAUCUCCCAGUCGAGAUGAGCACUCCACGGCCAGUAUUCAAGAGUCAAUCACGGUAGACCAAACAACGGACCACCAACUCUCAGAUACAGACGCUACUACUCCGGCUCAGAACUUGCCAUUCAAUACCUCCCCUACGGUUGAGGGCUCGAGAGGCCCCAUACAAAGGGACGGCCCAACUCAUGAUUUCUUCGGCUCCGGAUCAGGACCACUGGUUAUCCAGAACGAGCAGGAUCUACGCUUUGUCACAGCCUACACGGACUACAUCUUCCCUCUUCUGAAUCCUUUUUACCGUCCAACCUUUCUUGAAGGGGGCCGUAGCUGGCUUCUGGUCUUUGCCAUGAGAAACACAGAAUCAUGCCAGCUCGUCAUCAGCCUGGCAACAUACUUUCUCUCAGUUGUGCCCAUCUUUCCAGGCCCUGGCCACAGAAUGUGUUCAUCGCAUACUUGGCAACAGGUACAGAGUCAAUCUGACCUUGCAGUCAAGGGCAUGCAGCAGAGGGUUGAAGCGAUAAGCCGCUGCGGUGUUUCUGGCAAUCUUUUGCAAAGCACUCAUUUAUUAGGCGACAUCAUGUUGCUUCUCAAGUUUGAAACUAUGGCGGGCUCUUCUUCAAGUUGGAGAGUUCAUCUCUAUGCCGCGACUGUUCUCUUUGAGCAAUUCCUCUCAUCACCAGACCUUGACGACGACAUUUGGAAGAUACCGUCUGACGUUGAAGAACUCGUCUCAAAAUCAAAGUCGGCGCUCUCGACGAAAGAGGCGCACAGAUUUGAAGCUUCACAGACUGCAUUCCGGUUCUUCAGCGCGGCCGUCAUAACCGCCGACAUUAUCGCCAGCACUGCUCUAGGACAGCUGCCUCGUCUUCGGGAGCACCAUGAGAGGGUGCUGGGCACUCUAGAGAAGCCCCAUCUGAACCUCGAGCAUAUCGUGGGCUGCGAAAAUUGGAUUAUCCUAUCGAUCGCGGACAUUGUCGAGCUUGACUUGUGGAAGAAAAAGGCUAAGAAGAGCGGCGCGUUCUCGUUGAUGGACUUGAUUCAGCGCGCCAGCAGAAUCACCCAAGAUUUGGAUAAUGGUCUCGCCAGUUCUUCUGGCUCAGACAAUGAGAAUACAUGCAACAGGGACGGCAUCUUUUCCAUGUUCAAUCCACAGCGCGGACAAUUCCUUGAUCACCACAUCGUCACUCGCAUCUGGGCCAAUUCUGCCAGACUGUACCUGCUUGUGGUUCUCUCAGGCUGGCAACCCGGGAGCAGUGAAAUACGGGAAAUCGUCACAAAGAAUCUUAACCUACUCAAGAACUUGCCUUCUCCAAGUUGGCUGCUCGCUUUGGCUUGGCCUUUUUGCGUGACUGGCUGUUUAGUCACAAAAGAGCAGGAAUGCGCUGUUUGCGACAUUUAUGAAGCGACUGAGCCGUUGAAAAACAUCGGACCGAUUUCAGAGGCAAUGGGAAUUAUUAGGCGCGUAUGGGAACAACGCGAGGGACUAAUCGGAGAGACAUGGGAUAUGGCAUCAUGCUUUGGAAGCAUGGGAAGGACUGUUCUGUUAAUCUGA